AUUUUAUUAAAUUAAAAAAGAAAGAUACAAUACUGAAAUAAACAAUAACAACAAUAAUAUGUUUGGUUUAAGUUUAAACUAAAUAGCUAUAGUACUUAUCAUUAAGUAUAUUUAAUGGAUAUUGGUCUAUAUAUUCAUUAAGUAUAUGACAGAAUAUCCAUAUUUUUAGACGUUCAUUACAUUUUUUGUUAUUGACAAAUUAAUGAGAAUGGUUUUUGUUAUUUAAGUUGUUCAACCUAGACUUUCAGAAGCGUUGGUUUUAAUUAUUUCUAUCAUGCUACAAUUUGAAGAGGCUUAUGCUUAUUGGAUGAAGGGAGGAGGUAAAAAGGAUGAAUUCUAUGAAGACUUUGAUUCUUAAGAUAAGUAUGAUUUCCUCUUAGAAUCAUUUUCUCUUAACGUAUUUUUGAUACCCUAAAUACUAUCAGUUCUCUGCUUUACCCUUUUUACUUAGAACGAGGAAGCAUUUUUGCUUAAUACUCCUUCAAUUUUAUUUUCUUAUACAUGCUUUAACUAUUUAUGGUGGAAGAUGCUAAGCACAGAAACUCUUGAUUUUUAUGCUACCAUCAAAGAAAUAAUACAUCACUUUUCAUGCUUUGGCCUUAUCUUUAUUUGCUUUAAUGUAGAAAACUUUUUUGUUCUUUACUUUUUGCUAAACGGAGCUCUUAGUGCUUUUAUGAUGUACAGAAAUACUAAAUUACCUGUUGCUGAAAAUACUCCCUUUUCUGAAAUAUUGUUAUUAAAUUGCUUUAUCCUUAUAUAAGUUUUUUUUUAAGGAGGAGUAGAACUAAGAAGACCUGAAAGAAAGUAAGGUUUAUCGCUUAUACAGAUGUAUUCGUAGAGAAAUUUAAAUGCUUAAAUUUUAGUAAAAUUAAUAUAGAUUUCUUUUCUAUUAUCUACUUACGCUAUUUUCUUAGCACCUAAGAUAUUUACUCAUCAAGCAGGAAUAAAAUUAAACUUUUUAAUCAUAGUACUUAUUUCAUCUGCUUUAAGUUUUAUGUUUUUAUUGAAAGACCUUUGGGAUUUCGUCAUAUCUCCCUUUUUUGAAGGUGAUUUGUUUGUUGAGAUAGAAAACUUCAAAGAAUUAGUUAAGUACAACAACCUUCACAGAGAAGAAAAGUUAAACUUAAAUUAAGUAGAGUACGUUAAGAUUAAAAUAGAUGAAAAGAGUUUUAAUAAAUUAUCGGAAAAGGAAGCUUUUGAAAUGUAUUAUGCAUUCUUAUUUAAUUUUGGCAACCAUUCCAUUUCUAUAGAAUAUUUUGGAAACAGAGAUUAUUAAGGUGAGAACUUUAUUGUUACUUUGAAGAAAUUUGUCAAUAUUCACUUAUUAGAAAAAGCUCUCUCAUAAUAAAGAAUAAAUCCUUACAUCAAAGAAAUUGAAUUCCCUUUUUAUGUAAAAAAAUCUUAAUUAGCUAAAUUAAUUUAUAGCAAGAUAAGCUCAAAUAGUACUGCAAUAAUAACCACUCAAUAAUAACCUGUUGAUUUGUUGUAUGUGUAAUUAAAUCAUGCUAGGGAGCUUUAAACCGCUUUGAUGCAUGGAGUUUUUUUCAAAAAGAGAUUGAAUAUGUUUUGGGAACAAAAUGAUAGUCAAGAAGAGAAUUUCACAAGGAUUAAUAUAACUACUACUCAGGAGUCGUAUUAGAAAAAUACUGUACAAGAUUAAUAUUAGCAAGAAUACCAAGUUAAGAUAAAAAACCCAAUCGACGAAAACCAAAACAGAAAUAAAAUUCUAGGAAUUAUAAAAGAGAAAAUCAAUAGCUCUAAAUAACUAAUUGAACAAAACUAAAAAACUGCAUUAUCUAAAUUAGUCAUGAAUAUUAGCGAGUUAGAGAAAUCAGUUAGGUCAUAUCAAAAUGAGAUAAAUAAAAAGACUGAAGAACUUUAGUUAUUAAAGUAACAAUAGACUAAAGCUUAUCCAAGUCUAAAAGAUUUAGAGUAAUAAGAUAAUAUAGUAGAAGAACUAAAUGAAUUAAACUAAUAUGUUUAAUAAACAAAAGAAUAACUAGAAACAAAAUAAAAGCAGUUAGCCAGCUUUUAAGAAUAUUUUAAAAGGCAUGGACAAAAACUUAGUUUCACCAAACCCAGCCAAAUCCUAAAAAAUAUAGACUAUUGCUUUAUUUAUUAGUGCUAAAUUUAGGCUGAAAGUGAAUCUAAAAAUAAUUGAAAUAAAAUUUGUUACCAACAAUCAAAUUUAAUUAAUUAAUUCUAUAAAUAACUCUUGUUUCAAAAUUUUAUAUGUCAUUUUUAUUAUUAUUUGCAAAAAAUUCUUUUGAAAAUUUUUUCAUU